AUGAGUCGGUCCUUGAAUUCCCUCGAGACAAAAUUACAUCAAGCAGCACUCGCUGCUCCUAGACAAGAGCUCACUCCGAAAGAUGCUGAGAAACUCAUACCUGAUUCCAAAGCACGGCAAAAUGCCCUCAACUUCCUGCUCGGUGUUGGGUACUUCAAGGCGCUGAAGGACUCGAAAAAUAAUGCUCUGUUCCGUGCUGUAACCAAGGUUGAGCACGACCAAACGAAAGAUCUCACUGGCGAUGAAGUCAUGGUUCUUGCCCCAAUUAAAGCGUCGACAAACGAAGGAAUAUGGAUCAAGCACCUCAAGGCCAAAACCAAUCUUCACCAGACUGUUAUAGAGAAAUGCGUGAAAAGCUUGGUGCAAAAGAGGCUGAUAAAACAAGUCGCCUCUGUUCAACACCCAACGCGUAAGAUCUACAUGCUUGAAGGUGUUGAGCCUUCUGUUGCGUUGACCGGUGGACCAUGGUACACGGAGAAUGAGCUCGACACAGACUUCAUAGCCAGCAUCAGCCAGGCCUGCUUGAAAUGCAUCCGCGAUAUUAGUUAUCCCAGGAAUAAAACGCAAGAAGGCGCCAUAUACUCUAUAUCGAAUGCACCCCAAUACCCCUCCGCCUCUCAAAUUCACAAGACUCUGCAGCAGGCUCGCUUGACGCAGACGGACCUGACAGUUGAACACAUUGAAAUCCUUCUGGAGGUAUUGGUUCUCGACGGGGAAAUUGAGAAGCUUCCUGCAUUUGGCGCGUCGUUGUGGGAUUCUAAUGCUGUGAGCGACGGUGAUUCAGAGGAGGAGGAUCGAGAAUCACGCAAGAAAAAGAAGCGGCGGCGGGCGGCUUCAUCUGACUCUGACGAUGCCCCGUCUAGGAGGAAGCACAAGAAGAAACAACGGGCAGACAGUGACACCGAAACUGAUAGCGAUGAUGACCGCCGUUCUCGUAAAAAAUCAAAAUUAAAGCGCAAAAAGCACGACGACAGUACAUCAGCUGAUUCGGACGAUGAGGACGACAGUGAGAGAGAUAGCAAGAAGAAGAAAAAGAAAAAGGGCAAAAAACUGGACGAUUCGGACUCUGAUAGCGAGGAGGAAAGCAGUAAAAAGAAGAAGAAGAAAAAGGUCAAGUAUGAGAGCGACUCUGACGAUGACAAUUCCCGUCGUCGAAAAAAGUCCGUCAAACGCUCUCCUUCGCCAUUUGACUAUGGUGGCGCGUCUGUCUACAGGGCAGUCCGACAGGAAAAGCUAAACAUGGGUUGGGCGGAAGCUCCCUGCAGUCAAUGCGCGUCUUUUGACUUCUGUAAAGAGGGGGCUCCAGUCAAUGCGAGCGAAUGCGUAUACUAUGGGGACUGGUUAGUAGCAGGCACUAUAACAUUCGAUCCAGAACCAUAA